AAUAACGGUGCAGUAAAAAAAAAAGACAGCUCUGGCAGAUAUCAUAUGCAUUUGCAGGUAUUUGUAUAUUAUAGGAGUACUGCAGUUGCCUCCUGACAGCUGCUAAAAGCCGCAUCGCCAUUGUUAUCUUAUGGUAGGGCGGUAGUAUUUAAGAUCACAGCUCGUGCUGCGUGAACAGCGUUUACUUUAGUUUUCUUCUUUGUUUUUGACAUUCUAUGUGUUCGUUUGGUCAUAGGGAGGUCUUAUCAAUCGCAUUUUUCGUAGCCUACGAAGAGCGACGCGAAGGUACGUUAAAAGAAUAUCCAUAACAACCCGACAGCUGGCAUGGCGACGAGCGGCGCGAGCGCUGACGGCAAUUUGACGCGAAUGACGGCGGAGGAAACGGAGGAAUAUUUUGCUUGCGUUGAAUACGUGCAGUCACUAGCGAAAUCAGCAGAUAUGGAGGAAAAGGUCCGAAGCGUUGUGGACAAAACUAAGGCUCUUAGGCGCAAGUACACCUGCGAAAUAGCCGAGGCUUUGAAGGAGGAGAAGCGCCUGAAAACUCAAAUCGCCUACACUAAGGUGGUUGUGACAAACAAAGACAAUCUGGCGACACUGAACACACACGGUGACAUUGGUGAUCUGAGGGAUGAUUUUGCUGAACAGAGCAGGAAGCAGUUGGAUGCUGGUGUCGUGGUCAUCAGAGAUGCCAAGCCUGCCAAUGGAGAGAAGCUGGGCUCAAGUCUGUCAGCGAUGGCUGCGAAGGGUGGAGCGCUAAAGCACCUGGCUCUUGCCGAUGCGUCAGAGGCACGCACGAAAUUUGCUAAAGGGGUCCUGGUUGGUGGACAGGAGCUGUCCAGGAUUUCAUCAUUGAAGAAGGAGAUCACAGAGAUCUGCAAGGCACUGGAAUUCCUAAAAGCAGUACAAGACGUAUGUCAAGACGAGGCUUUAGAUUCUCAGUGCAACACUGUUCUGGAUCUUGAAAGUUUGAACCUGUCGCCAUGAUCCUGGAACUGAGAACAUAAGAAUUAGUAUGUUAUUUACAGCCUUUACUUUGUAAGUUAAAUAAUAAAUAUGGUUUGCUGCUGGCGCAGCACUGUGUUUGAAA